AUGGCGAUCGUGGCCCUGGAUUUAGUUAUUACUAAUCUGAAUAAACGAGUUACUUUCAAAACCCCCUUAGAUAUAACAGUUUUUGACCUUUGUCGGCAUAUUCAGUCCAAUAUCAAAAAUGCAGGCCAAGGUCCAGAAUACGGGAUUUUCGUCUGUGACUCCGACCCAAAGCACUCUUUUUGGCUUGAAAGCUCUCGAUUGCUUUCAUACUAUCACCUUCAAGAUGGGAUGGAAGUUACAUACAAGUCGAAGUUGCGGCGCCUCGUUGUUAGCACUUUGGAUGGAACGCGGAAGACUCUUCAAGUUGAUGACAGCAAAACAAUAGCCGAUUUGAUGGUUACAAUAUGUGGCAAAAUGGGGAUUACCAAUCAUGAAGAAUACUCUCUCAUUCACGAAAAAGGUCGUGCACAGACGCUGCGCCGUCCAAAGAAUGCUCCAAGGGAUUACGAUAAAAUGGAAACCUUAAAACAUAAGUUACAGACCGAUGACGGAGCGAAUUGGCUUCCUCACGCCAAGACCUUCAGACAACUGGGCAUUGAAGAAACGGACAACCUUCUCCUCCAGCGCAAGUAUUUCUUCUCCGAUCAGAAUGUGGGAGCUCGGGAUCCCGUCCAACUCAAUCUACUUUUUAUUCAACUCAAAGAAGCCAUUCUCAAUGGCGCUCAUCCUAUCAGCCUCAGUCAAGCCAUCGAACUCGCCGGUCUUCAAUGCCAAGCCGAAAUGGGAAACCUCAUUCCUGAAAAGGCCAAAUCACUUUGCAUUGAUGUGAAAGAGCAUCUUCCCAAAGAAUACGUCAAAGUAAAGGGUAUUGAAAAGAAAAUCAAGGAGCAAUACCAAAAACUUAACGGUCUGUCGGAAAAGGAUGCGAAAGUGCGUUACAUACAAGUCUGCCGCUCCCUUCCCACAUAUGGAAUCACCUUCUUUUUAAUCAAGGAAAAGCUACCUGGAAAGAACAAACUAGUCCCCCGGCUAUUCGGUGUCAGUAAGGAGAGUGUAAUGCGAGUUGAUGAGAACACCAAGGAGAUUCUACAAACCUGGCCCCUCACCCGUGUUCGUCGAUGGGCGGCUACAGCAAAUCUCUUCACUUUGGAUUUCGGUGAAUACAGUCCAGACGGGAAUUACGUGAUGCAGACAACAGAGGGCGAACAGAUCUCCCAGUUGAUUUCCGGCUACAUUGAUAUCAUUCUGCGGAGGAAAAAGAAGUCGGACGCCUUUGUGAGCGAUAGUGAUGACUCAAACGUCAUUUUUGAGGAGAAUGUGGGCCCAUCCAGGGCGGAGAUCAUAUCCAAUGUUGGCACAGUGGGAAGGCGGUUCAACGUUUCUGCUGGUCGUGUUGCCACUGAGGGCUACCCCGGUCAAGCCAGCACCUUCACUCGUGGCUACGUCGGUGGAAGAUCAGGAGAAAAUAUUGCCGAUCGCAAUGUGGACAGUCCAGCAGUCGCUAUGCGUGUCCAUACUCCAGGGGGAAAAAGAAAAGGAUUUGGAGGAAACGAGGUUCAAUUGAAGGAACUGAGUCAGCCUAAACGGGCAGUGAUGCACCGAAUCGACGAAAGUACCAAAGAAAUUCAGGAUGCAAGUGAUAGCCUCCAAAAGCCCUACUUCGAGGAUAACGACACUGUCUCGCGAGAUGACUCGGCAACACAGCGCUGGCGAGAAGAAAAUAUGGCUCAAGCACGAGCAGGCAUCUGCAGUUACUUGGGAGCCAUGACAAUCGCAACAGGAAAUCUCGUUUCCCUACUUCAACCCUCCUCUCACAGCCGCGUUGGUGAUAGCUCCCAAGAGGGAAUGGAGGAGGAAGAGGAGGAUGCAAUCGAUUACACAGCGAUGGACGCUUCUCUUGCUACAAUUGGUUUGAAUGUACAGCGACUCAUGCAGAAUGUCCGAGUGUUGGACCAAUUGCAGGCCGUUGAUGCUGGUGACGAGUCUCAAGGCCACAUCAUGAAUGCCGCUCAAGAUGUUGCAGACGCCUUCCUCAAAUUAAUGCAAUCCGCGAUGCCAUUGAAGGAAGGAAAACAGGGGUCGGGAACUGUGGUAGAUCGUCCGAGUCUCUACGAGGCAGCAUCCCGAGUGGGCGAUACUAGCCAACAGUUGCUUCAAUUGGUCUCUGCCAGUCAUCUCUACUCCCACCGUCGUCGUAAACAACGUCUAGAGCCCAUCCUUGAAGAUGACAAUGAAAACGAUCAAGAUUACGGCGACUACGAGUCGGACUUGGAAAUUAUCGCCAAUGCACACGCUAUGGAUUGGCAAUUGCGAGACGACCUACUGGCUGCUACAAAGGAAGUGGCCAGUACAACAGCGAACCUCGUGAAGCACGCCAAAUCGGCAGCCGUGGCAAUAAGCCAGGAGGCGACAGUGCUGGCCCACACCGAGACCGAUUCCGUUGAAAUAGCCAAUCAGCGUGACGAUAAAGUGGCCUUUCUGAGGGACGCUCAGUCGCACCUAGUUCAAGCCGCCACCCACGCUGGCAAGACCACCAGCCGUCUGGUCACCAGUGCAAAAGUCGCUGUCUGCACCAUGGAACAGCCCGCAUCACAACGCCAGUUGCUUAGCUGUGUAAAACAGGUGGGUCAAGCCGUGGAUCAGCUGUCGGAUGUGGCUCGAAGAGUGGCGGAAAUACCAUACCUGCCUUUGGAGAAUAUGGAACAACGUGCCGAACAACAGAGGGCUCUAAGUAAUCUUCACCAUGCUGCUAACACCGUAUCCAGCUCUCUGGACUCCCUAAUGAACCGUCUUGUGGCCGGGUCCAUUCAGGCUCAACAAGAUCCUGUGGUGUUGAGUCUCCUUGGUGCUGGAGAACAGCUGACGGCUGCGCUUGGCGAUGGUGACGCUCUAUUCCAACAGGCUUCGCGGUUGGCACAAACUGCCACUGCUUUGGUGGAGGUGCUUAAAAACUCACACGACAUUCUCGGCGCUGCUGACAUCUCCAAAUCGGAGGUCAAUCUUCGUGCCAAUCUGCUCAGCCAGGCUAUCACCGAUCUUCUUGAAUCACUGAAGUCUCUCGAAUCCGGCAACAAGCAAUCGCUUCCGCACCAACAGGAGACCAUCGCUACGGCCAAUCGGUUGAUUGAGCAGACGAACAAACUCGCCGCACCAAUCAUUCGUGCCCGUCUGACCACUGGCCUUGAGUUUGCAACACGUCUCACCGCCUCAAAUGCCAGCCAAUUGGCUGCCAUAAUGGAGGAGGCUGCGCGUCAUACUCGAAGCAGCCAAUACCGACUAUUACAAGAAUUAGACCAACUUUCGGCUGAGGUGAUUCCACAAGCGAAUUUGACCUGUGAUAGCGCACGCGCUCACCCUCACGAUCCUGGUGCCCAAAACAGCCUCCUGGAAGCCUCUAAGGACCUCAUGGAUUGUCUGAAAGACUUUAUCGGUACCGUGGAUAUGUUUGCACCCACGGUCACUGACGCAGGGAUUCAAGUGGCUUUGACAAAUGCUGCGAGAAACACAGAGGCUUGUUUGGUUGACCUGCGCCAGUGUUGUGCCACCGCAAGUCCCUUGCUACAGUCGCCUCUGCCCACUCUGACUGAUCUUGAGAAGACGCCGAACACUGCCGAUUCAGCGCACUGCACUCCUCAGACGCCUGCAGUGGUGAAGCGCCAGGCCUGGCCAUCCAUUUCCUCACGACUGGCGCGUAUGCAGACGGAGCUAGACUCCAACUCGGAUCAUAGCCUGCCUGGGCAAACGAUGGAUUCGGUAUGUGGUAACUUGUUAGCUGCGAUAAACAAGUUCAAGGCCGCUCCAGAUUCAGAAAGAGAUUCAAGUCUUCCAGAUCUUCUGGCUAAAGAGGCGGAAACGAUCGCUAGUGGUUCAACUUUUGUUGGAGUGGGUCCUGAUAGACUGCCUCCUGUCACAGCUAAGCUGCUCAACUCCCUCGAAUCUGUUAUCAGUGGUAUUCGUGGUUUGGCGGGCUUUUUGAGUUCUAUCAAGGACUUAACUUCCGUUGAUCCAGAGUUGGAAAAAGUUUUGAUAUCCUCAUGGAAUUUACUGCCUGAGUCCCAGAGGAGUCAAGCAGGCAGACGUUUUGUGCAUUCACCCAGUCAGGAGUUUUCAGCCCAGCUGGCGGCAGAUGGUCUACGAGCCGCCCUUCUGGAUAAAGGUCUCCAGUGUAUUGAAAAAGCACACGCCAGCCUCCUUUGGGCGGUUCACGAAGACGAGAGUUAUGAUACUGCCAAACAGGCCGUUGUAGUCUAUGCCUCCGAGCUGCAAUCAGCCAUCGACGAGGUUCGGCACUAUGUACCGGGCGCCCAAUCCGCGUCAAAGCUAGGCGCCCUGGUUGCCGCGUUGCCCAAGACGGUUCCACAAAUCAACGGCCAGAUCGCGCAUACACCCGCUCCUGUAGUUCAAAAAACUGCCGAUCCAAGCAUACUUCUAAGGGCGCUCAGAGAACUCGCUGAGGCCAGCGAGGAGGUGGGUCGAGUGGCCUGCGAGCAGACGUCUAGACGUCGUGCUGACGAAUCUGCCCCCUCCUCCACUUGUUCCUUGGCUAUGGCAGCAGAUCGUCUGGCUAACGCGCUCUAUGACGUCUUGGACGUCUUUAACCGCGGCAGUCGCCCUGGUAGUCCCAAUGAGGAGGUUUUGGCAGAUCUCCAACGUCUGGCCAAGCCUCUGGCGACCGAACUGGAACGGGCACUGGCCUCAGAGGGCGUUGUUCAAACACCUGUCAACGUCAUGUUUGUGUCAAAAGCCUCUUUGUCGCUCCGUAAUUGGGCGAUCGGUGUGACAAAGGCCACCCAAGAGCAAUUGGCCAAAGAUGCUUCACCACAGAGCGACUCCACGAAGUCAGCAGAUCAAACUAUGGAAAGCAUCAGAGGUCAAUUUGACUCCGCUUUGGCUAGACUUCAGCCACCCCCGGGCGCGGGAAACGAUUCUCUCCCUCUCAUCAGCUACCCCGUUGCAAAACUCACCUACCCUGAAUGCAUCGACGAAUUGGACGAUUUAUCUCAGACCCUUAGCAAUCAAAUGGAUGGCUUGGAAGAGUCUGCCAAGUCGCGUAAUGCCAAUGCCUUCUGUGAAGCUGCUCAAGGUGUGGCGGACGCCGUAAUGGGAAUGCUUCAAGUGGCCACACAGUCAGCAUAUCUGGUAGGUGCUGGCCAGCCCUGCAACGAGCCUGGUAGAGCACCACGAUUGACCGAAUCUGAGGCGAGGCAAGUUGUAGAGGACUCUGAGUGCCUUCAACGCGGCAUUGAUGUUAUCACACGUGAGGCUCUCACCUUCGUAACUAAUCAGCAACGCGCGAGUCACUUGGCCCCAACAGUCAACGAGAUCACUCGAGCAUCAAGCAAUAUGUGCCAACUAACUCGUCAAUGUAUUGCCGAGAGUAUCAACUCCUCGGAGAAGAAGAUGCUCGCUGAGAAUGCCAAAGACGUUGCCCAGACGACAACGCAUCUAGUGAAGUCCUUAAGCACCGACAAUUCAGACUCGCCCUCUACUGGGGCUCAAGUAGUCCAAAUCGCCACGGGACUAAAUGGUUCUAUCGCGAGAUUGGCUAGCUCCCUUUUGGAGGAUGUUGGUGAUAUACCUGUUCAAGUCCUGCCUGAAGCGGCUAAACAACAAGCUCCAAUUCUACUCCAUGGUCGGAAGGUCGUAGAAAAGGCGAGUGACUUGACCGAAACUGCAGGAAACCUUUUAAAGGCCACUGCAUCUGACGAAACCUACAGAAGGCACCGUGAAGAUGUAGAAAGCGCUGCACAGGACCUCCGUUUUUGUAUUUGUGAUUCGCGACCGGGUUGGAAGGCGUUAGAGAAGCUGAAAUCUACGGCUAGGGAGUCGUUGCAUCGACUGGAUCACGCGGGUUUGCAGCAGUACAGUCAGGCGGAUGCGUCCAAUCUGGAGGCCACGACCCCACUGCUCAACUCUAGCCUACGUCAAGUGACCGCUCUGAGUGGGAAAUUGGCCGGCGAUUGGAGGCACUCGAGGUGGGAAUUGCUCAGCCAGGAUGCUCAUCUUAUUUCUUCCUACCUUCCCAAUGUGGCGAACGUGUGCAUAUCCGCCUGUGGAAUGCUCAAACGAAGUUCCGAUCAAGCUGCCCUUCAAAGCUACCUUCGUACUGUUUUGGAAACCACUGAUGCUCUUGCAACACGUAUACUUACCCAAAUGGACAAUCACUUCGGUGGACCACCGGAUCCCGAUCCCUCUCCCAUAUCUGCAAGUGCUGAUCAACUACGUCUAGCAUGUCGUGAAUUACUAAUCUGUAUUGAAGAUCUUACGGCGCGUCAGGGUAAUUUGAAUUCACAAAUUGCUAGCAUUCAGGGAGCUUGUAAAAAGUUGGAGAGCAAUGCCAGUCCGCCACACAUCCCCCAGCAGAUCAGUUUAGUUGCACUGCAAACACGACUGGCAAGUCAAGCUCAGAUGCUGGUGCAGGCCGGUGGACGUCUUUCAGAGGCCUCAAAGACCGCGGGAUCGGGCGCGGAGGAGGCAGCUGCUAGCCAACUGGUACAGCAGUUCUCAAAGACUGUAGAAACCACGCAGCAGCUGAGUUCCCUCCUUACUAGUCAUCCCAGCAUGCCCGGCUCCCCUGAUACCACUUCCAGGCUGGCUGAUCGACUUAGGAUGGUUGUACAGGGCAUUGGCACAAGUUGCGUGGAGGUGGUAGAGAACUCCCGCCAUCCCGAGUCCCUGCGUUCUCUCACUACUCGUGUAUCAAGUCUAGUCGCGGUGCUACGUGAGUCCGCUCACGGCGUACACGCCUGCGUGAACGCAGCCGAGGGUAUUGCCCGCAAAGUGGCGGACUUUGACUCGGCCAUCUACUUUGCCCGCGCCAAUUCCCUCGUCAAUCGAAGUUGCGGCAUUGGUGCAGGACAGUUCGCUGAGCGUGGCAGUCCCACAGCCAUUGCUAACGACAUCCAGGCCUCACAGGAGGAGAUUAUGCAUUUACUUAAGGGCAUUGUGGAGGAGACAAAUGCCUUGUCGCGCAACACUUCUGGCGACCAGGAUAAGCUGGCAGUUUCAGCUCAGAACUGUCUCCUCUAUGUAAACAACCUCCACACGAGAACACUUCAUCUUCUCUCGCAUCCUGAUCUUGACACAAUCUCCCCAGCCAGUGAAGAGGCGCGUACAGAGGCACGGGUCAGUCUCCUCUCCAUGGCUCGCGCUGUCUCCGCCAGUCUAAUUGAUCUACUGACGCACAGUCGUAAUCUCGUCACCGCAGAGAAGGCCAAUCUCCCCGUUGUGGAGGCUCAACUAAAUUCCACCGCUGCUGAUGUCGUUUCACGAGUAGGCGAGCUGCGCUCCUCGCUGAGAAGCUUCUCUGAGGUCUUCGUUCCACCGCGUCCCGUGUCCAACGUACCAAAACUGACUCCCAUCACAAAGUCACCUAGAACGUCGUCGAUGGUCCCAACGCCGGAGGAUAGCGCCACUGCUUCUGUUCGCACCGGUCUGCAAUCAGUCCUGGCUACGGUUCAUCAGCUUGCUACACGGCUAAAUGGCUGGUCACCGGAGACAGGCACUUUUAGUGAUGGAGACACCAUCGAGUUCGAACGCGAGGUAGCUGCGAACGACGUCACUACACCACGCCAGAUCCAGGAGGCUGCUUUGGGCAUCACUCAGGCCGCGCUGAAAGCAAACAGCGCCACAGCUGCAGGUCGCAAAUUGGCGGACAUCAGCGUGGCCGGUGAGGUAAUCCACAAGGCCGCCAACGACCUUGUUCGACGAUUACGGUGCGGCACGUGUGCUGUCGUGCUUGCUACUCGCAAGACUUCCACCACUGAUGGCUCAGAAUUUAAUGCGGAGAAGACCAGCUGUGCUCAAGCUUGUAGCCGCGCCAUUGAAGGUGGUAAAUCCACUUUGCAGGAGUUGGGCGUCAUGGUGGAGAAUAUGAUCAAGUCCUUGGACGACCCGGGUUCAGGACAGCCUCCGGCAAUGCAAGUGACCCUGGCUAUGCGACGGCUUCGUGAGACUGUCUAUGAGAUUGUCGAAGGUGUGAAACAAAUGCCUGGAGGUAGAGGUACCUCUAGCGAAUCUGAUACCCCCUCUGCAGUAUUUCGCCAGCGAGAGACAACAGAAAUCCCCAGACCCAUUUCGCAGCAUAAGCAACCGCUGAAACAACCUGUUCUAACCACUCAAUCCUUCUCGAAGCGUUCUGAAUUGGCGCUCAGUAUCAAGGAGGCGGCUAACAUCGCCACCGACGUCGGUGACGCUGCAGGCACCGAGGAGUUGCGAGGAUUUACCUCUGAGAUUGAGCAGUCCAUGGAAAAACUUACUCAGCUGCAGUCCAAAGCCGCGAAACAGUCUCCCGGUAGUCCCAAACUUCCGACUGAGGAUGAUGAGAAUGACGGUCUGGAGGGCCUGGACGCCAUCCUCGCGACGUGCAAGCGUUUAGCUCAGGGGACAGCCAGUCUCAUGCACUGGGCCACCGCGGCACAACGCGAACUCGUCAAACAGGGUCGUUUGAAACCGGUUAGUGAGAAUGUGGACGAGAGUGAGGCGGAAUCGCAGUGGACCUGCGGACUUGUUUCUGCUGCGAGAUACGUUUCUGCAGCCACUGUCCAUCUGGUCGAGGCCGCGGAGACGUUGGUAGCAGUGCAUACCAAUGACGCGUCAGCAGACAGUGCGAGACCGCGUUUUGCACCCGAGGACCUCGUUUCCGCAGCCCGCACUGUGGUCUCCAACACCGGUCAGUUGAUCUUCGCGUGUCUUGCCAAAGCGGACGCCAACUCCGCCUCGAUGCGCGGCCUCAACGCAACAGCCUCCGCGGUUCGACGCCACGCCGAACGCCUGAUUGAACUGACGGAGUUGGAGAAGGCCAAAAAUAGACCUGAUGAACCCCUAGAGCCUUCCGGUCCUAGGAAGGCUACUGUGGAGGCUAUGAGAGAGGUGAUAGAGACAAAGGCGAGCAUAGCUUCCAAGAUGGCAGAGUUGGAGCGUCUGCAGAAUCGGCUGAAGGCGAUAAAUCAAGAGAGCUACCGUCACAAAGACCACGAUGAAAACGAAUUCUAA